AUCGCGACGAAUGACAGUCCUUGGCAUUUAUUUUUAUUUUUCACCCUUUGAGUAUUCAUCAUGAGUUUGAAUGCGACCGACUGUUCGAAUGGUAUAAUAACAUAAAAGCAAAGGAAUGUUCUGAGCUUCAGAAGUCUCAGCACUUCGCUCGGGGCUCCGCUGCUACGGUCUAGUGGUGAUCCAUACACAGAAACACACACACACACACACACACACACACACACACAAACGCACGCACACACGUCCCGAGGAGAGCUCAUCGAUUAUUUGGGUCUGCUGUAAUACGGUUUUGAGCCGCAGUCCACACACUGCGAGCUCCCGCCCGUCUGUCCGCGUGAAGCUCAUAGAACUGCAAGAGAACCGAGGAGAACCGGAGACCCUGGACUGGCACAACUAAGUGACAGCGCGAUGCUCGGGCGGGCGGAGAGAGAGUGAGGUCAUGGGCUGCACCUCCGCCAAGCAGGUGUCGGCCGUGCCCAGCGACGAGGAGGGCCGGGCCAAGGCCUACAGCAACGGGGACCUCUUCACCGAUGAAUACAAGAUGAAGGGAGUGGAGGAGGUAAAGUACAUGCGUGGAGGAGCGGAUGACAGAGUGAACGCACGCAACCAAGAGAACCUGGAGAAGAGCGCCGUGGCAUUCAGGAACAAACAGCACAAGGAAAUCCCAGGAGGCAACACUAACAGGACCAAUAUCCACACGUCAGAGAGUCAGCAGGAGUUCUUCCGGAUGCUGGAUGAGAAGAUUGAGAAGGGACGGGACUACUGCUCGGAAGAGGACGACGUGACAUAGCGUGGCGACCGCGGACUGCUACGGAAAGUGUGUGUGUGUGUGUGUGUGUGUGUGCGCGCACGUGCGCGUAUGAGUUCUUUCUGCCCACAGACUGUUGAAGGCUGCCCCUGAUGUCACGGUGCCUCUUUGCUCCAGGAACCCACGGGGAGGGGGAGGGGGGGUACGUCACACGGACUCACAGCAGCAAGACGUGUCCCUCUCCGGCCGAAAGAGCCUCAAGAGCCACCCCCAACCCCACCCCCCCCCCCCUCCCAAAAACAAAACAAAGUCUUUAACAUUUCCUCAGUCCAGCACAGGAACACCGCUUAACACGCCUCAGCGUGUGCCAUUGUGUGUGUGAGUGGCACCUCUUCCCCCCCGAGCUCAGCGCCAGGAGGGAGCGCCGAACAGCCGGAACGGGCCGGGCCCUUUUCACCCCCUCCGCUCCCAAACCCCGCUCCCCGCGCUGCCAGAGGGAGGUUGCGAGGAGAGACGGGUGGGCCCCCCCCC